UCUCAACGGUAACAGACGAGGGACCUGCCAAAUAUUUGAUCUCGAGGGCAAAUAUAAUAUAUUAUAGCUCUGCCUUUAAAUCGUGAAUUUGCAUUAAUAAUUGAGUAUAUAAUGCGCUUGCAAAGCUGAUAAGAUCGACUUUUAUUGUAAAUGUUUGUGUGUGAAAGAACGUUAAAACUCUGUUUAUAGAACCGAACCGAUUGAUUAGACUAUUAUUUGUUUGAGCAUUUAUUCAUGCACGGUUGGAAAAAAUAAUAAUAAUAAUCCAUAUUAAAAUUGUUUAUUUAUAGUUAUUUUGCCAUCCACUAGUGAAUUUACAUAAAAUUUACACGACCCCGUUCUAAGUCAGCGUAAUGCGAACUAUCGCUCUACUGUUGAAUCUCAUAUUGGCCAUAACGAUAACAAAUGGCCAAGACGAUGAUGAGGGUCGCAAGCCGCAUAUUAUUAUCAUAAUGGCAGAUGAUUUGGGCUUUGAUGAUGUGAGCUUCCGGGGAUCGAAUAGGUUUCUCACACCGAACAUCGAUGCGUUGGCCUACAAUGGAGUUAUAAUCAACCAACUAUAUACACCCGCCAUGUGCACGCCCAGCAGAGCAGCUCUGCUUACUGGCAAAUAUCCAAUCAAUACGGGCAUGCAGCAAUAUGUGAUCGUGAAUGAUCAACCCUGGGGAUUGCCUUUAAAUGAAACGACCAUGGCUCAGAUCUUUCGGGAGAGUGGUUAUCACACGAAUCUCUUGGGUAAAUGGCAUCUGGGAAUGUCGCAGCGCAAUUUUACACCCACCGAACGAGGCUUUGAUCACCAUUUGGGAUAUCUGGGUGCCUAUGUGGAUUACUAUGACCAGACGUAUAAGCAAAAUGGCAAACCCUAUGCUCGAGGACACGAUUUCCGCGACGAUUUAAAGGUCUCCCAUAAACACAUGGGUCACUAUAUGACGGAUGUAUUAACUGAUGCUGCUGUGCAGCUAAUCGAAAAUCAUAAUGCCACCGCUCAACCCCUCUUCCUAUUGCUCAGUCAUUUGGCUCCACAUGCCGCCAAUACAGAUGAUCCUAUGCAGGCGCCGAUUGAGGAAGUAUCUCAAUUCGAGUAUCUCACGAAUAUGACGGAACGUUACUAUGCAGCGAUGGUUUCACGGCUAGACAAGAGCGUGGGGCGUGUCAUUGAUGCACUGGCUCGCCAACAGCUGCUGGAGCAGAGCAUAGUACUCUUUCUGUCGGACAACGGAGGUCCAACUGUGGGAGAACACUCCACUACAGCAUCCAACUAUCCACUGAGAGGCCAAAAGAACUCGCCUUGGGAAGGCGGACUACGCUCCUCGGCGGCCAUUUGGAGCAAGAGGUUCUCAAGUCUUGGCAGAGUUUGGAGACAGCGUUUCUACAUUGGAGACAUACUGCCAACUUUGGCUGCUGCUGCAGGAAUUCAUCUGAAGGAGUCACUACAACUGGACGGUCUAAAUCUGUGGCCAGCACUCAUGUAUGAUUAUGAUUCGGUGGAGCGUGAGAUUGUGCACAACAUAGACGACUCGGUGCCAUAUUUAUCCUAUGUCGACGGCAGAUGGAAGAUUGUGAAUGGCACCACCAACAAAGGUGAAUAUGAUGGUUGGUUAUCCGUGCGUCACAAUGAAUUCGAUCCACGGGCUGAUCACUAUGAGGAGCUGAUUAGGAACACCAGCGUGUGGCAGCAGCUAGAGCUGCUACGUGGCAACUUGACCUCAAUAAACAUCACCUCAAUGCGAGAGCAGGCAACAGUGAAGUGUCGCAAUCCAGAUCCCGAUGACAAACCGUGUCUGCCUCUGGAGGGUCCUUGUAUCUUCGACAUGGAUGAGGAUCCCUGUGAGCAGAACAAUAUAUACGAGAAGGUUCGCGAUGGACGUUUGAUUGCUGAUUAUCUUGCCCGCAUCGAGAAAAUCAAAAGCAAUGCACGUCCACCCGGCAAUAAGCCAUCUGAUCCCAGCUGUGAUCCACGUUAUUACAACAAUGAGUGGACCUGGUGGCAGGACGAACGCAAUACAGGCGUCUCUGUAUUACCAACUAUUUUCCAGUAUUUUCUAGUAAUUUUAUCGAGCCUUUGUUUGGUGUACUAACUAUUGCUAUAUGUAUAUGUACAUUGUACAAUAGCUGAUCUUACCAUUAGUCACAUAUGUAUAUUAUUGUAUAUUAUCCACAUCAGUUGAUUAAUUAGUUGACAUUCCAUAAUAAUAGAAUUAAAAGAAUAAAAGCCCCUGUUAAAGAAUCUUUUAUAAGCCAUUUAACACUUCAAUUAUUCCACAUUUAGUGCUCUCCUUAUAAAAAAUAUCAAUCGCAUUUAAUCUUAAGACAUUUCUGUAUGAGUCUUAGACGUAGAUCACAUUAACACACAUAUAUUAAAUACGAUUCAA